AUGGAUAUCUUUAACAAAGCUAUUCGCCGCCGCCGCCAUCGGUCUGGCUAUGAUGUCGACCUAUUGAGUGCUGCCUUCGGCCUCCCAUUUCUGCAUGUUAAUGGGCCUGGGAACAACAGCGCUCGCCGUGUAGCACUCGACUACGUAUCUGAAUCUGAACCUGAUUCCGAAUGUGGCGAUGGCAGUGAAGACGGCUCCGAGGGUGCGUUUUCUUCGUCUUCUGAGGAUGAUCGAGGGCGUCAACAACGUGGCUAUGAUACACCCGAAAGAGUCUCUACGUCCCGUCCACUUCCUCAUUCGUCUCCUCAUCCUUCCAAAAGAUCCCCCAAGAGAAAGAAACACCACCGUCGACAGCUCGCCAAGUCAUCACCUCGCUCAAGUCCUCGGAAAUCGUCUCGUCGACAGGGUUCUCGCUCGAGUUCUCGAAGAUCGACCGUCGAGAUCAUGAAUAGUCAGCAACAGCCUGUUUCUCAUGUACGGCCUUCUGCGACAUUUCCCCCUCAAUUUCCUAUUCCUUUGUCGAAGCAACAUUGUAAUAUUGUACAAUCUUCAUCAUUUCCUAUUCCUUCUUUGAGCCAGCCUCUCAGAGUCCCAGUGUGUCAACCUUUCCCUCAGCAACCAGUGUGCUAUCAUCACCAGAUCAACUACGUUCCGCACCGUACAUCUACCUUGAUGCAAGCUCAUCCAGCUCAGUAUAUUGCGCCUGUUACCCAACCUGUCGCAGCACGAACUCCUGCAUCUGAUCAGGCACCAACAGUCUCCAUGCCUCCAGCGGCAUUCAAAAACACCUUGAAUUCAGCAGGGGAAAGGGGUGACCGCCACAAAAAGUCUGGCAAUCAGGGAGACGCCAAGCUUUCCGGCCCGUUGACAAACGAAGUGCAACGCCUACAGAAACAUAUUGAAGCCAAGAUGGCUGACUUGGCCGAGGAGCCCAACAGCAGAAUCUUGCGUCGCGACCUCCGCCGCCUUCAAGACAGACUUAAUUUUGCCCUGAAUAAGGCUAUCACAGCAAGCAAAAAGCCUCACGCAAGACAAGUAUCAAACUCCACUUUCAGCGGCUUCUCUCAACCAGCCCAUGAUAAAAAGACUGCACAAGAAAAAGACUUUCAGCAGAGCCGGAAGCGAGAGCAAUGUGGCCAACGAGAUGUGAGUCCUCAGCGCAUCGAACGCCAUCACAUUUGCACAGAGUGUGGAAACAUGCGUUCAGCGCUCUACCACAAGAAGUUUCCUGUUGGCCCAGGACCAUCCACUAAGAUCAAUCUCUGCGAGAGCUGCCGAGAGAUGGAAUACAAACGAGGUGUCGUUCGCCAAUACCACUUCUGUUUCAAUUGUGGAAGCGCGAGGUCCAAGACAUUUCAUGCCCAGCACCCAGUCUUUCCAGGAGAGCCAAUCUUCACAAACUAUUGCGAUGCCUGUGUCCUGGAGUUCCACUACAAUGGAAGUCUGCCAGAAGACUCUGUGAUUGGACUGGCCCCCAGACUGAAGGACCACAUAGCCAGGCGAGCUGCCACUCAAAGGGAAGAUGACAUGGAUUCUCUGACUGUCAAUCGCCAUCGCAAUCGUAAUAAAGGAGAACCAAAAGCAUCCCUUGACCAGGACGAGGCCAUCGAGUACAAGAAACAGGCUCCUACGAUUGGGAAGGUCCGCGGAAGGCGUCCUGAACCACGAGAGCCCAGAGACACUGUCGUUUCCCCAGAGACCACCGUCGUUUCACCAGAGUCUUCUUACUGUCCCUCGAGAAAUACGGGGUCUUCCAACCGCCGAGCAGAGCGGAAGUCAUUGGGAGAUACGAACACUGAUCCUCCUCCUCCUCCUCCUCCUCCUCCUCCUCCUCCUCCUCCUCCUCCUCAUAAGCAGAGCGAAAAGCGUCCUCGGAAUUACCAGGCACCAUAUGUUGAAGACUCGGUUUCGACGGCUCACUCCAAAGGAGACACUCACAUUGAUAGCCAUGAAGGUGAAAUGACUGGUCAGAAGUUCGUAAACAAGGUUUACGAGCCAUGGAAAACUCUUCCGCGUGACUUUGUUCUCAAGUCCGCAAUGGCCAGUGAUCGGUCAUCUUCGGACGGCUCCGGAAAAGCCCAAGAUGCAACAGAAAAGGGACCGCAUCGACCGCGCGAGAAGUCUCUUGACUCUGAACGGUCUGACCCAAGCUCCUCCAAGUCUUCCGGUAGUAAGACUGUGAGAUUCAAGAAGUCUAUUGAUGUUCGAACUCCCUUGGCCCACGAGGGCGGUACUGAGUUCUCGGAGCCUGAGUCUCCCAUCAGAAUGAGGCUCCCAGGAUCCCCUCUCAUCUCACGCAAGAAGCCAUCGUAUUACAACAGCUAUUCGCCUGAAAGAAAGGCCACAGACAAGAACCUCCAUCCUCACUAUGGCCAAUCUUCAAGGAAUAGUUCGGUACCCAACCGCGAGAACUUGCGUACACCAGACGACUUUCGGCCCGGAGCACCUUCGAAGGGCUACUCUCAGGGUGCUUUCAGCAAAGAUUUUGAUAACGGUGGAGACUGGGAUUCCUUCCGAAGUCCUGCGUACUCCUACGUAGAGCAGUAUACAGAUGACGGCCCCUUGCAUGAACGCCAUGAGACAGACGACGGAUUCCAGGCGCCAAUCCCCAAGUUUCAUGACUACAGCUACCAUGAUCAGUAUAUGGAGUCCACUGCAUCUCUCCCAUCCCGUAUGUCUUCAGGAAGCGUGUUUUCAUCCUUCUUCAAGAAGAAGAAGAACAAGUCAUCUUCCGUUCCCCCAGGCGAUCGAGCAGGCUCAUACCCUCCAAGUCACAACUUUAACGAGACUGCCAGAGACAAUUAG